UCUGUUCGUUUUAAAACUUGUUUUAUUAUUCUUUUGAAGAAUAUGUCGCUUCUUACAGAUCUCGUUAACCAAAAUCUCUCGGACUGCACUGACAAAAUCAUUGCCGAAUACAUAUGGGUGGGUGGAUCAGGCAUCGAUCUCAGAAGCAAAGCAAGGACACUUUCUGGGCCUGUUAGCGAUCCUUCAAAGCUCCCAAAGUGGAAUUAUGACGGUUCCAGCACCGGUCAAGCCUCUGGCGAAGACAGUGAAGUCAUCUUAUAUCCUCAAGCUAUAUUCAAAGAUCCAUUUAGGAGGGGCAACAAUAUUCUUGUUAUGUGCGAUGCUUAUACUCCAGCUGGUGAUCCAAUUCCCACAAACAAGAGAUGCGCUGCUGCUAAGAUUUUUAGCCAUCCUGAUGUUGUCGCCGAAGAACCCUGGUAUGGAAUAGAGCAAGAGUACACCUUGUUGCAGAAAGAUGUUAAAUGGCCAAUUGGAUGGCCUGUGGGUGGCUUUCCUGGACCUCAGGGACCUUACUAUUGUGGUGUUGGCGUCGACAAAGCCUUUGGCCGUGACAUUGUGGAUUCUCAUUACAAAGCUUGUUUAUAUGCUGGAAUCAGUAUCAGUGGCAUCAAUGGAGAAGUCAUGCCAGGACAGUGGGAAUUUCAAGUUGGCCCAACAGUUGGCAUCUCUGCCGGAGAUGAGUUAUGGGUUGCGCGUUACGUUUUGGAGAGGAUCACUGAGAUUGCUGGUGUGGUGCUCUCAUUUGAUCCCAAGCCCAUUCAGGGAGACUGGAAUGGUGCCGGUGCUCACACCAAUUACAGUACGAAGUCCAUGAGAUGUGACGGAGGCUAUGAGGUUAUCAAGAAAGCAAUUGAAAAGCUUGGGGCGAGGCACACACAACACAUUGCUGCCUAUGGAGAAGGCAAUGAACGCCGCCUCACUGGUCGACAUGAGACUGCCGACAUCAACACUUUCAUAUGGGGUGUUGCAAACCGUGGGAUAUCGAUUCGUGUUGGUCGAGACACAGAGAAAGCCGGAAAAGGUUAUUUCGAAGACCGGCGGCCAGCUUCAAACAUGGACCCAUACAUUGUCACUUCCAUGAUUGCAGAAACCACCAUCCUGUGGAAACCCUGAGGCAUAUAUAUACCUUGCCUUACUGUUUCUGUGUGGUACAAAGGAAAGAGCUAUGUUUGUUUUGUUUUGCUUGCUAUAUCGAGCCGGAUCGGACCAAAGAACUAGUUUGUUUUGGGGUAGGGUACAAAUAAUCAUGUCUUUUUACUUUGAUGGAUGCUGCUACAUUUAAUGGCUACUUGGCCUUUCUAUAUCUUCUGUUGAUUCCUUGCCAUUAAGUUAUGCUCUUUUCAAAUGUAUCUUUUAUCAAUAAUAUUAAGAGCUAUUUUUUGAGUUGUUUAA